AUGUUGGCGCGCAAGCUGCCUCCCACUGAUAAGUUGAUAUGCGCCAGGUAUGCCUGUUGCUUGCUGUCCAAGUCAACUGAAGUCAAGUGCCCCGUCCGUGAGGCUUCCUGGGAAGCAUUCGCAGCCAUCAGGCAGAAAGCGCGGCAGGAUGCGAGCUUCGGAGGCUGCCAGACGCAGCUGCUGCGUGAGUAUCACAGAUGGCCGCCUGCCACCAUGGCGGCCAUUCUCAUUGCUGCCUCUCGCGUGUUUCCUGCCGGUCACGAAUGCACAGAAAAGCUGCUCCGGAAAGUACUUUGGAGAGUGCAGCACUUUAUCAGCUGCCUCAACGUGCGGGAGCUACUGAGCAUGCUUGAGGUGUUUGCAUUUCGUGGUAUUCGAGAGCACGAUCCCAGGCGAACUGACCUCUUUCUGGCCGCGAUUCCUCAACUUCAAGCCCAGGCUGCAGUUCUCAGCCUAAGUGAAGUUCGGCGAGCGGCUGCACUCUACAAGCAGCUCAACAUCCGGAAUGAGCCAUUGUUUCAUGCCCUUGGGCAGAGGCUCGACGAGCUCUUGGAGGCAUCAUUGCAGAGGCGGCGGCACGAUGUGGACAAGCUAAAGAGUAGAGCAGGCCCAGAGGAGGCAGCUGUGAUGACCUUCCUCGGAGCUUGCGGUCGCUUGAACAUUCUACCUCCGAAGGCACAUCAGCUUCUCAACGUGGUGGGGCCAUCCGCUCGUGCUAGGAAGGAUCUGCCCCGGCUUGCCGCCUUGGCGCAGUUGGCGGCCAAGUUUGGUCUCGGCGAUGCUGGAGAAGCCAACCAGAUCCUCAUCGUGGUGAGUGCGGCAUUCGAGAGGGCUGUACCUGAUGCUCCUAUGUCUAAGGGUUAUGCCUCCCAAGCGGUUUAUGGUCAGCUACUGAUGGCGCUGGUGUUUGAUGAGACUGAAUGCCAAAUGCGUGACAGAGCAUUGGUGGCUUCAAUUCACGCGGUCUUUGCCGACUUUGGUUCUGCGAUUGCUGCACUGGAUGAACGACUAGCAAGGCAGCUUCAGGUGGCAGAGCUGGCCUGCCGUGUGGAACGCCCCGGCGUGAUGCAACACUUGCAGCUCAAGGGGCUGACGGCCUUUCUGGAGGGUGUGAAGCAGCUGGAUGAUGCGUCGCAGCCAUUGCCAAAAUGUUCUUCACAGCAGCAUCUCCAGGUCUCUGGAGCUCUCAGAGAACUAGGUGUGAAGCACAGCACAGAGGAGAAGUUGCAGCCUUACGUGGCAGACGUGCGGCUGGCGAGGCAGCAGCGCUUGAUUGAGAUCGAUGGGCCAUUGCACUUCGUCUCGAACUCGACUCGCUAUGACAUGAAGAGCUCCUUGAAGCAUCGCUUGCUGACCAAGCAGGGCUGGGAUGUCCACCACAUCGCUUGGAACGACUGGCCAACACAUCAUCAUACCAGGCUGACAUACGUGGCCAGGCUGUUGCGAAGCCCACCGCCUGGCAAGCAAUUGAUGGAGUAUUCUCCGCUUGAGCUCAGGGCGGCAGCUGAUGUGCACAAUGACCUGGACAAAGCCUGA